AGCGCCGUUUUAACCAUAGCAUAACCACUUUUCAGCCGGUGUUCUCCCUGCUGCUGGGAGAAGAAGACCUGCAAGCGUGUUUGGGAAUCCCAACUGAGGGGCGGAAAUGUCGGAAACAGAUAAAGCCCAGACCUCGACCCCGGGUGGUGACACCAUCUUUGGCAAGAUCAUACGCGGAGAGAUACCUACCAAUUUUCUAUUCAAGGACGACGUGUGUGUUGUGUUCAAUGACAUCAGCGCCCAGGCUCCAGUCCACUUCCUUGUUGUACCAGUGAAACCCAUUGAACGCCUUGCCACUGCAGAAGAUGGAGACAAACAGAUUCUGGGGCACCUGCUGCUCGUGGCCAAGAGGGUGGCUGCAGAUCAAGGUUUAGAUGAAGGCUAUCGGGUGGUAAUCAAUGAUGGUCGGCUUGGAGGGCAGUCUGUGUACCACCUACAUCUGCAUGUGUUGGGGAAACGUCAAUUGGGCUGGCCACCAGGCUAGAAAGACACACUGACACAGGCCAGGGUAGUCUUCUCUACACACCUUUUUGUCUUGAUACCUUUGUGUUCCUUUUAUCAGUAAGUUCAUCCAGUUCCCAAAUAGGGAAAUUGCAUCACAGAAUCCUGGCGAAUAAAACGUGAGCAUAAA